CUCCAAAGCUGAGCUAAUGACACCAACCACUGUCACCCAAGCCCCAGGGAAGCUGCCAAAGUAAGUUCAGGCACCAGGUCCCUGUAACUCCAACGCGGGGCACUCAGUCUACCCACCACCACCACUUUCUCCCGUCUUCGCCUGCAACAGCUUGAGCACGAGCACAGCCUCUCACCUCGUUGCUAAGCUCUAUCGCCUCCCGUUGGCUGCCUGUUUUGUCUCUUACACCGACUGCGAGGCUGAACACAACUCAGACGCAAAACGAACACACCCUCCGCCUCUUUCUCCCAACUACUUACACCUCCGGAUUCGCGGCCAACCCCACAUAAGGUAUCUCAGAGACGACAACCUCGACUUGGAAGCCUUCUAAUAUCGCUCCAAUCAUGGCGUGCCCGCAUCUUGAGUCCAUAGCUGCAGCGCUUCAGCCGCCUGCACCUCACAACUCGGUCUACCGGGAAGAUUGCACCCAGUGCUUCGAUUCCAUCGACGACCCUGCCGGUGUCGAUGUUUGCCUCCAGUGCUUCAACGGCGGUUGUGCUGGUGACCGCAGCCAUGCCCAGCUCCACCGACAGCUCUGGAGCCACCCGCUCGUUCUCAACAUUCGCCGCACCCGCAAAGUCGUUGUUCGAGAUGAACCACCCUUGAAGAUGUCCAAGCUCGCCAUCGCCGCCGAGACCGAGGCCGACCGAUACGAUACCACAACCGCUGUCAAAUGCCUUGAGUGCAACCAGGAGCUGGACAAGACAAGCGACAAGCUUGCCCCCAUUGUGGACGGCAUCAUGAAGGCCAACACCUUCUCGAGGAAAGAGGAGGUCAAGGCGUGGGAGCAGGAGCUUACGAGCUGCGAGCACAUUCUGCUCAUGCAACAGACCGAAUCACGAACCAUCCAGUCUGGUGAUCUCGGACACUGCUCCGCCUGUGAUCUGCACGAGAACCUGUGGCUUUGCUUGGAAUGUGGAAAUCUGGGCUGUGGACGGAAGCAAAUGGGAGGUGUCGACGGCAACUCUCACGCCCUCGCACAUUCGGACCAGUCCGGCCAUGGUGUUGCUGUCAAGCUGGGAUCCAUCACCCCCGAGGGAACCGCCGACGUCUACUGCUACAAGUGCGACGAAGAGCGCAUCGAUGGCGAUCUUGGCCAGCACCUGGGACACUGGGGCAUCAACUUGGCGAACCAACAAAAGACGGAAAAGAGCUUGACCGAGAUGCAGAUUGAACAGAACCUGCGCUGGGACUUUAGCAUGACCACAGAAGACGGCAAGGAGCUUAAGCCUCUGUUUGGUGCUGGAUUGACGGGCCUCAAGAACCUUGGCAACAGCUGUUACCUCGCCAGUAUCGUUCAGUGUCUCUUUGACACAACCGCUUUCAAGGAUCGCUACUACUUGCCCAGCCGCGACCUUCCCAAUGUUCAGGAGCCUGCGGCAGACUUGGAGACCCAGCUCCGCAAAGUUGCAGACGGCUUGCUCUCGGGUCGGUACUCGAAGCCCGACUCAGAUGUGACUGCAUCUGAGCACUCGCCCGCGAUUUCGCACCAAAAGGGAUUGGCCCCGGCCAUGUUGAAGCACCUGAUUGGAAGAGGCCACGAAGAGUUCUCGACCAUGCGGCAGCAGGAUGCUUUCGAGUUGCUGCAGCAUAUUUUCAAGCUCGUCACUCGGUCUCAGCAUCCCUCCGAUCUCGGCGACCCGACACAGCCGUUCCGCUUCACUCUGGAGCAGCGGCUGCAGUGCCUGGGAUGCAAGAAGGUGCGGUAUUCGACUAACGAGCAAGAUAACAUCUUCAUCGACGUUCCUCUGGAGAAGGAGCCCACUGUCGAGGGCGAGGAGACCAAGGCGGACGCCUACAAGGCCGUGACUCUCAAGCAGUGUCUCGACAACUUCACGGCCGAAGAGGUCGUCGAGCUGACUUGCUCCGCAUGUGGUAGCAAGGACGGCUACACCAAGCGCUCCCUGUUCAAGACUCUUCCCGAGAACCUGGUCGUCAAUGCCCGCAAGAUGGCAGUCAUCAACUGGGUCCCUGUUAAGCUUGACGUACCCGUUAUUGUCCCCGAUGAGCCCUUCCUCCUCGACGACUACCUUUCCAAGGGUCUGCAGGCCUCAGAGGAAACCCUUCCCGACGAGCCUGAGGCCAGCGCUCCAGCUUUCGUUGCCAACCCGGAGGCUGUCAGCCAGCUGGAGGCUAUGGGCUUCGGACGCAACCGCUGCGAACGGGCGUUGCAUGCCACCGGCAACUCUGACGCCAACGCUGCCAUGGAGUGGCUGUUUGGUCACAUGGAGGACCCCGAUAUUGAUGACCCGCUCGUGUUGGGUGGCGGCGGUGCGGGAGCUGGAGGAGCAUCGGCGGAUCCGGAAAAGAUUGAGAUGCUCGGCGCCAUGGGUUUCUCAGUGCCUCAAGCGAAGAAGGCUCUGCGUGAGACUAGUGGUGACGUGGAGCGAGCUGUCGAGUGGCUCUUUAGCCAUCCCGAGGACCAGGGCAUCUUUGAAGACGAAGCCCCAGCCGCCGGAGCCGAUCCCGCUGCUCCCAAGACGGACGCCGGCAGCGCCGCCACCCCUGCAAAUUACCAGCUCCAGUCUAUUGCCUGCCACAAGGGCACAAGCAUCCAUGCUGGUCACUACGUCGCCUUUGUUCGCAAGGAGGUCAACAGCCAGCCUACGUGGGUUCUCUUCAACGACGAAAAGGUUGUCGAGGCAGGCGAGAUUGAGGAGAUGAGAAAGUUUGCCUACGUCUACUUUUUCAAGCGUGUUUAGGUGGAAAUUGGGCGUAACAAGAAAGGCGUUUCGGUUUCGGGGCAGGGGUGACGACGAAAAAAUCAAGCCAGGAUCAAUCGGUCCUGCGCAACUUCAUGACGGCGGUGGUGGGAAAGGGCCACGGAUGCAUCUGAUGGGAUGGGGAUGACUGCAUUACAGCAUGGGCGGGCGGCGGUUUACUGUGGAGAGACGAGACAAUGCAUAGUGAGGGGUUUAGAAAAAGGGAGACUUGAGGCUACUUAGCCGUCCAUUGAGAUUAUGAACUUUUCU